ACCACCGUAAGCUUUAUCCUGAACCUUAAAGCAUUAACCGAGUGCCACACCGAUAGAGUGAUUGAGGGAAACGUAGUAUUACAAGGUUACCGUAUUCCACCGGUUCAUUAGGCUGUUUGCAGUUUAGUGCUAACUAUUUAGUUUGAACUGGAAGUAAGCGUGUAAGCAGCAAUCACAAUGUGUAAUUGCUGCAAAUGUAUUUUUAGCUGCUGGGAAGACUUUUAUUGGAAUUGUAUCGAAGAGAAGUUCUGUUUCGACGAAUCGUUGGUUAACUACGACCCGGAUGAGGAUGAGCAUGCGGCUAAGAACAAAAACAAGAAUGGAUAUUACGGUGGUUCGGCGGGUGAUUCGGGAGAGAACAACAAUGCACCGAUCUGCCGGCAGCCGGGCGUUUCGUCCGGUGGAACCAUUGCCCGCAAUAUGUCCAUGAGCUCCAAAAUACACGAGGACGACCUGCGCCGUGAGAUUCAAACCAACGUUCCAAUGCUGGCACCGGAAGUGAUGGCCAUCUUUGCUAAUUCGCAAAUUUUCCAGUCCAGCGCACCGCCGAAGCAGCAGACGUCAAAAGCGACCUCCCCGGCGUCGGUGAAGUUUGCCAUUUCCGAUUCCGGUUCACCGAUCGAGGUGACACCGGUGGGUAACACCGCAGGCAAACAGGGCAUCGAUGAAACGUUGCGCGAGGAUGCUGCCGGCGGUCGGGAACUGAGCUCCGAUAAGCUACUGCAGCGGCUCGAAGGUACUACUACUACGACUACUACUAGCGGCAGCCUGUCGGACGAACGUGACAGUCGAGUCGUCGUCAUACCAGCCAUCGUAGAGGAGGAAGACGUAUCAGACGAGCAGUCGGGAGAUUCGGAGGUCGUUUUGCGACCACCACGCAAUUUCUCCGACCUGAGCCUUUCAAAGUCGAUUCCGAGCAGCAAGACGAUGAGCCAUCUGCAAGCAGAAAUGCCAUACUUUUCGAUCCGGCCGGCUAGUGAGAAUGAUAUCUUUACGAUUUCGUCCGGUGCUGGUGGUGGUGGCGUUGGCGGUAGUGGUGGAGCUGGUGGUGCCGGUGGUAGUGCGUACAACUCCAUCAGCAUGACACCAGAGGUUCCGGCCAUCUCGUACUCGAACCUGCCGAAGAACUACCUAGAGACGCCCGUUAUCGAGAAGUACCGGGAAUCGGUCAGUCUGUACUCGAUCCAAACUGCCGGCAUUAACAGACAGUCGCAGACGGAUGAUCUGUCGAUGCCGCGAUAUUACGGCAAAUCGGACCUGUUUGUGUCCGGAAUUGAUCGAGCCAACAGUCGCAGCGCCGAUGCGGUGGAAGUAGACCAUUCGGAUGACGGUAGCGGUUCGCUGUCGCUUAGUAGCAGCUCGUUGGCGAAGGGACGCUCCAGAAAUGUGGAACGUAGCAAGCGCCUGAUGAAUCUACGCACUGCAUUACCUCCGUUGAAUCUGGGACUCGUUCGUGGUAGUUCGGCAUCAAAUUUGCGCGAUCGGCGCGAAGAUCGAGAAUCACGCGAACGUGACAAAUCGGCCAAAGCGAAGGAAGGGCUACGUGUUUAAAGCAUCUUUUUUGGCUACAUCUACUUAAAACGGGAAGAAAGGAAGAACUUUGUGUGCCACGUACAGUAUACGCGGAGGUGUUUCACCAUCCGAUAAACGAUUGUUGCUUAAAAAUUAGUUGUUUUAUUAUUAUGUAAUUGAUUUGUUGUCGUAGUUUUAGGAAAGAUGCGCAAGCUGUUAAACAAAUUUGAUAUACAAAUGUUCUGUCAGGUUUACCUCUUUCAGGGGUGACCGCGAUCGAAUGGAUUCCACAGCUACAAUUGUAAGAUACAUUUCAAUAAUUUUUGGUAUUAAAUACUACAUAGGAUUUAAUUAUAACCCAUAAAUCAAAGCUAACAAUUCACCGUUUUUAUAUACUACAUUUUUGAAAAUGUUGUGAUGACAUUUUGUGCGUAGCACCGAUAUUAGAGUAAAAAGUAUCCAUUAAUUACGAAUUUAUAGCAAGAA